AUGUGGUCUUACAGUCGACGACGACCCGCGAUCGGCUGCAGUGGCUGACAAUCACCUCACCCCCUCUCCGCGCGCUGCGUCCUGCUCGCUUUCGUCUUGGUCUCUUCACAGUGCAAAUCUUCGUCAAGACCCUCACGGGCAAGACCAUCACCCUCGAGGUCGAGUCGUCCGACACGAUCGACAACGUCAAGACCAAGAUCCAGGACAAGGAAGGCAUCCCCCCCGACCAGCAACGUCUCAUCUUUGCCGGCAAGCAGCUCGAGGAUGGCCGCACGCUCGCGGAUUACAACAUCCAAAAGGAGUCGACGCUCCACUUGGUGCUCCGCCUGCGUGGUGGUGCCAAGAAGCGCAAGAAGAAGACGUACACGACCCCCAAGAAGAUCAAGCACGUGCGCAAAAAGGUCAAGAUGGCCGUGCUCAAGUACUACAAGGUCGACUCGGACGGCAAGAUCAAGCGCUUGAGGCGCGAGUGCCCCACCCCCGAGUGCGGCCCUUCGGUCUUCAUGUCCUUGCACUCGAACCGUCAGUACUGCGGAAAGUGCGGUCUUAGUAAGUGGUUUGGUCGCGGGUCUCUUUGUGGGAUUCCUGCUUCCGAGACUAACGAUGAGCUGCUCUCUCUGUCUACAGCCUACCUCUUCGAGGAAGGUCAAACCAAGGCCUAA